AUGGUGCAACUAAGGCAACGCGCAUCUCGUACUCCGGUGUCAGCGGAGGCGAUGGUGGACGAAGGCCAGCCGGCCUCGGAGGAGGAGGCGGAGCACGGCCUGCUGCUGGGACAGCCCAGUAGCGGUGCGGCCGCCGAGCCGCUGGAGGAAGACGAGGAAGGGGACGACGAGUUUGACGACGAGGCCCCGGAGGAGCUGACUUUCGCCAGCGCCCAGGCGGAAGCGCGAGAAGAGGAGCGGCGAGUGCGGGAGACCGUGCGCAGGGAUAAAAGUCUCCUGAAAGAGAAGAGGAAGCGACGCGAGGAGCUGUUCAUCGAACAGAAGAAAAGAAAACUCCUUCCAGAUGCUAUUCUAGAAAAGUUAACUACAGCUCCCCAAACAAGUAUAAAACAGUCACCAGGAAAGUUGAAAGAAGUUAAUUUGCAAAAGAAAAAUGAAGAACAUGGAAAAGGAAGUGAUUCUAAGAAAGCUAAAGUACAAAAAGUACAGUCUGUCAGCCAGAAUAAAAGUUAUGUGGCUGUAAGGCUCAAAGACCAAGAUCAGAGAGAUUCAAGGCAACAAGCAGCCAAAGCCUUCAUACAGAAUUCUUUAUAUGGUCCAGGAACCAACAGGACUACUGUAAAUAAGUUCCUGUCUCUUGCCAAUAAGAGGUUGCCAGUGAAAAAGGCUGCAGCUCAGUUCUUAAAUAAUACUUGGGGAGCCCAGAAAAAACAAAAUGCCAAGAGGUUUAAAAGACGGUGGAUGUUCAGAAAGAUGAAAGCAUCUGGGAAACGAAAUGGGAGCUAG